UUCAACUCUCCAUUCAGUGGCGGCGGAGGAGCGUCUUCCUCCACGUUUGCGCGCACGCAUCGGGAGCGCGACGCGACCCGCGGAUGGAGCCAUGGCUGCGUUCGUCCCGCAGAAGGAGAUCGUGUACAACGGCCUGCUGCCGUACUCGGACCGGUUGGACCGGGAGGCCACGGAGCUGUUGGCGGAAAUCAAAGCGAACCUCUCCCGAGCGGUUCUCCUCAGGGAGCUGUGGCCAGGAGCGGCUUUCUGGGCCAGGAAACUCCUCACGUUUCUGAAGCUCUACGGCCGCAGGUUCACUAAGGAGGACCACGUCCUCUUCAUCAAGCUGCUGUACGAGUUGGUGACGCUGCCGGAGCUGGAGCCUCACAUGAUGCAGAGCUUCGCCCGGCUGCUCGUUCUGCUCCUCAAGAAGAAGGAGCUGUUGUCGAGGGACGACCUGCAGUUGCCGUGGCGACCGCUGCACGAGCUUCACGAGAGGGUCGUCUACUCCAAAACGGAGCACCUCGGACUCGUCUGGUUCCCGACCUCGGUGGACCACGUUCUCAAAGCUUUGAUCCGAAGCUGCAGGCUGUACUUCCCCGCCUCCUCCACCUGGGAGAUGCUGGCCGAGUGGCGCCCCCUGCUGUGCGUGUUCGACGUGGCCAUGCAGAAGGCCGUCGGGUACAUGGAGCUCUUCCUCCCCACCGUCGUGCCCCCGGAGGAGCACGGCCGCGGCUUCCAGUUGUGGUUUGAUGAGUUGAUGAAUCUUUGGAUGUCGGUGCAAAAUCAGCCAAGCUGGGAGGGGCACCUCGUGAACCUGUUCGCUCGACUCGCCAACGAUAACAUCGGCUUCGUGGACUGGACCCCGUAUAUUCCCAUAAUCUUCACCAGGAUCCUGCGCAGCUUCAACCUUCCCGUUGGGGUCAGUCAGAUGGUGGCACCACGGUACCUGACCAACUCCUACGACAUCGGGAACUUGGGGUUGUGGAUCGCAGCGCUGCUGGGAGGACCGGGAAACCCCGGGCAGAAAGAGCUGACUUGCCUCUUCAACAGCAUUGCUUCCUUCUACCAUCCCUCUAAUCAUGGCCGCUGGCAGUCUCGCCUCAUGAGGCUGCUGCAGCGUCUCCCUGCAUGCGUCGUGUCCCGCGUGCACCGCGAGCGUCACGCCGCCCCCAGCUGGAUCACGCCGGUGCCCGAGUGUUGCAGGCUGACGGACGCAGACCUGAAGGAGUUCACCCACAGCCUCAGCGGCGCCGCCCUGCUGGCCAUGUUCAGUAAAACUGGCAGUACAGAUGCAGCCUACGCUCUGCAGAACCUGGCUCUCCUUUCACCAGAACUCGCCUUACCACCUGUGCUGGAGAAGACCUACGCGGCCAUGGAGACCCUGACGGAGCCGCACGCCCUCACCGCCACGCUCGGCUGCCUGGUCGGCAUGGCCCGCGGCCUGGUGGCGCCCGGCGGCCGCUACCCAGAGGGCCGUGCGCACGUGCUGCCGCUGCUCAUGGGCUCCCUGCCGGGGGUGGACCCCAACGACUUCGGCAAGUGCAUGAUAACGUUCCAGUUCAUCGCCACCCUCACCACUCUGGCUCCUUUAGUGGACUGCUCGUCAGCUGCUUCUCGCCACAGCGACCUCACAGAGACCGAGAGAGAUCUGUGUUCUGCUUCAGCCGAGUUUGAGGACUUUGUUCUCCAGUUCCUGGACAGGUGCUUCGCGCUGAUAGACAGCAGCGCCCUGGAACAGACGAGAGGCGAGACGGAGACGGAUGCCCAGGCUCAGCUGGAGAGCCUGGUGGAGCUGGGCCUGUCCUCCACUGUGAGCACCGUCCUGACGCAGUGCUCCAUAGAGAUAUACGAGGUGGCGCUGCAGAAGGUCUACAACUUCGCCACCUCCAGCGUCUUUGAGACGUGCGUUUCAGGCAGGAUGGUGGCCGACAUGUGCAGAGCGGCAGCAAAGUGUCAUCCUGAGGAGUCUCUCCGCCUGUUUGUCCCUCACUGCUGCAGCAUCAUUUUCCACAUUACAGACAACGAGGAGCUGCAGGGUGGAGACGAGCUGGACCAGGAGCUCCUGUGGAAUCUCCAGCUGCUCUCUGAGGUGACCCGCGUGGACGGGGAACGGCUGCUGAGGUACCGGCGGGACCUGGAGCGGGUCCUGAGCGCGUGCCUGCGUCUGCGCUGCAAACGCGCCUACGCGCUGGCCUGCAGGCUGCUGGAGCACACGCUGCGGUCCGUGUCCCUCAUCUUCCCCACGGAGCUCCGCGGCGCCGCCGGCGGCUCCCACGCAGACCUCCCCAUACGGGACUGGGGCCGAGCUGGAGAUGUGGCAGCCUUGGGUGUAUGUUGGCACGUGCCUGGCGUCGAGGAGGUGGACUUUGUUUUCCAGCUGUUGUCCCGCCUCCUGCACCCGGAGCUCGAGCGAAUCAAGGACCACGUCUCUGGAGAUCGGCCAAUGAGCAGGGAAGAGCUGCUGCAAAGCCUCGCUAUCGUGCACCACUGCCUCCUCGGGGCCGGGAGCCUGCUGCCCCCUCUGGGUGGGCCGCACGUACCUGACCUCGUGUCCUCCAUGGUGAAUCUAGGGGAGAUAAAGCUGUAUAACGGCAUUGAGUACGAUGAUACACGGGAAAACUACAGAGAAUCCAUCUGUCAAACCAUGAGACUGCUGCUACAUCACAUCUUGGAAGACUCUGAGGAUGACACAAAGUCACUCUUUGGCAUCAUUAAGAUCAUCAGUGACCUCCUGUUUUUUCGCGGCACUCACAAGAAAGAGUUCGACUCGCGCUGGAAAAGCUUCAGCCGCGUCAAGAAGUCCAUGGAAAACAGGCUCCACGGGAAGAAGCAGCACAUCAGAGCGCUGCUCAUUGAUCGGGUUUUACUCCAGCACGAGAUGAGGAAGCUGGUGGUUGAAGGCAGUGAAUAUAAAGUGGUUCAUCAGGAGCUGCUCUGUGAUCUGCUGCUGCUUUCUACCAGCACUUACAGCCAGGUACGGAGUCGGGCCCAGAACGUGUUGACAGCGGCGGUGGGCACCUAUAGCUUCUCCUACAGAGACAUCAUUCCUCGAGUCCUGCAGCUGUUGUCGCCACAACACACCACCGGCUCACAACAGCAGUUCAAGGGUGCUCUGUACUGCCUGCUGAGUCUGCACAGUGCUCCCUGUCAGGCCAGUAUGAGGGACUGGGACUGUGUUGGGGCGGUGUGGCCUGCUCUGGUGCGCUGUGGCCUGUCGCCCUCCAUGACCCUGGAGACGCCCUUCAUCGGCGGACUGCUCGAUGACAUCACCGACAGGAUUCACCGGCAGCACGACACCAUCGGCAUCCACUUCACUGUGUCUGAAACGUGUGCAGAGGUAGCACGUCAGCUCGCACGCACCGAGAAUGUGACCUUAGAGGAACUGGAAGAGGGGCUCCGGCGUCAGAAGAUCAGAAAUGUGGUUAAUGCAAGGAAAUACGAGAAGCUUGUUAAUGACCUCUUGGACUGCCUUGAAGACAGAGACCUACCCUGGAAGUUUGAGCACAUGGCCACCGACCUGCUGUCGCUCCUGCUGAGAGACGAUCACCCACUGCCCCCAGACGCCGUCCUGUACUUCACGCAGGGCCUCGUCCACGACUCCAUCAGCAUACGAAAGGUUUCAAUCUCAGCGGUGGCUGGUAUUUUAAAGCAGCUCAAACGGCCGAGCCUGAAGGUGGCGGUGAAGCCGUCGGACAUCAGUGAGUGCCGGUUCACCGCACGCAGGACGACUCGGAGGCGCUUUACGCGGCGCCUGUGCUCAUUCCCGCUGUUUCCUGGGCCUUCAGGUGGUACGGAGGACGCAGAGGGCUGGCGUGUCGGGGACCGCGAGGCCAAUCGCUGGCUGCAGUACGACAGCAGGGACCUGCCUCUCAGUCGGGAGCAGUGGGACUCUGGGCGCUACGUGGAGAAAACCCACUGGGGCUACUGCUCGUGGCCGAGAGAAAUGAUGAUCUAUGCAGCUUCCCGGAAGCCGAACGAUGACCCGCUCCGCGAGGAGAUGAGCGAGGGGGAGAAGAUCAUCUUUGAAUAUUUCUCCGACGUGGAGUUCAUCGAGCAGUUCGUCGCGUUCCUGUCCUUGGAGGAGCAGAAGGGCAGCGACAGCUUCAACCCGCGGCGCUUCUGCCUCUUCAAGGGGCUGUUCCGUAACUAUGGCGACGCGUUCCUGCCGCUCCUGUGGCCUCGCCUCCAGCAGCUCGCCGCCGACCCCCACGAGAGCUCGCAGCGAUGCGUGUGCGAGGUUACUGCAGGACUGAUCAGAGGCAGCAAACUCUGGAGCUUCGACAAGGUGGAGCGGCUGUGGCGGCUUUUGUGCCCUUUGAUAAGAACAGCGUUGGCCAACAUCACAGUGGAAACCUACACAGACUGGGGCACCUGCAUCGCCACAGCCUGUGAGGGCCGGGACCCCAGGAAACUCCACUGGCUGUUUGAGCUGCUGAUGGAGAGCCCACUCAGUGGAGAGGGCGGCUCGUUCAGGGAUGCCAGUCUGCUGUAUGUGCUCCAGGGAGGUCUCGUCCAGCAGCAGUGGAGGGUCUCGGAGCUGCUGCACAGGCUGCUGGCUUACCUGGAGCCCAAACUCACCCAGGUGUAUAAGAACGUCAGGGAGCGCAUCGGCAGUGUCCUGACCUACAUCUUCAUGAUAGACGUGGCCCUGCCCCACACCCAGCCCACCUCCUCCCCCCACGUGGCCGAGUUUGUCACCCGGGUCCUGGAGCGGCUCCGGCCGCUCACUUCGGAGCCGGAGAUCCACAACCACGUGCACGAGGAGGACGCCCAGGAGACGGACGAGCGCACGCAGGCUGUCAAGCUCCUCAAGACGGUGUUGAAGUGGUUGAUGGCAAGUGCGGGGCGAACUUUUACCACUCCGGUUCAGCAGCAACUGCAGCUCCUGCCUCUGCUCUUCAAGAUUGCCCCGGUGGAGAUUGAUGAGAGCUAUGAUGAGAUGAAGCAGGAUGCGCGCACGUGUCUCUCUCUCAUGUCCCAGGGCCUGCUGUAUCCCGAGCACAUCCCCCCCGUUCUGGCAGCACUGGAAGAGAUGGCAGGCAGCCGGUGGUGGCACGCGCGCUUCUCAGUGCUCACCUACCUCCAGAUCAUGGUUUUCUACAACUUGUUUACGCUGCUCAGUGCGCCUGCUGAGGUGCUCCGCAUCCGCAAGCUGGUGAUGCAGCUGCUGCUUGACGAACAGCUCGAGGUGAGAGACAUGGCAGGCACCACCCUCAGUGGUUUACUGCAGUGCCACUUCUUCCCUCUGGACUGUAGUCUGCAGACACAGCUGCAGACGCUGAGUCAGACUCCACUUCCGAAGGCCAGAGGAGAGCUGGCCUCCACAGACUUAGUGCGGCGCCACGCUGGAGUGCUUGGCCUCAGCGCUUGCAUCCUGUCGAGCCCCUAUGAUGUUCCAGACUGGUUGCCUCAAAUACUGAUGGACCUGAGCGACCAUCUCAACGACCCACAGCCUGUAGAGAUGACGGUGAAGAAGACCUUGUCUGAGUUCAGGCGAACUCACCACGAUAACUGGCAGGAGCAUCGCCAGUGCUUCACUGACGACCAGCUGCUGGUGCUCACAGACCUGCUGGUGUCUCCGUGUUAUUAUGCCUAACCAGCCAGCUGCCUUGCCAGCUCCUCUACACACUGAUAAACCAAGCACCACUAGAGAAAAAAUAAUUACACCUUUUAACACUGUUGGGAACUCCAGUCGUCUGUGCAGCCUGUUAAAGAAACGUCUGAUACCGCCUGAGCCCAGCCUCAGGAACCUCAAGUGCCACUGUCGGCCUUCAUUAAACCUAGUGGGAACGCAGUCCUGGGUGAAGCAGCUUUAAAUAUUUAACUUUGGUGGUGUGCUCAUUUUAUCCGCUCAACAGCUCUGACAGCCAACGCGCUGCUGGAGAGACAACUACUGAGUAGCUUUUAAACAUGUACAAACUCUGAUUAUCUUAGAGCUGUCUUUACUAUUUUCAUAAGGUUUUAAUCUAAAAUGUAAAGUUGAAAGCGACUAUUAUCUUACGGAAUACAAAAAACAAAUAAUUAUAUAAAUACAUAAAGUCAACUUAUAAGACAAAACUACUAAGUAUAAUGGUACAGCAUUUCUGUGGUUAGAAUGUACUUAAAACAGUACUACACUAUAAGCACCGACACAUAAUUAAACUUUACAUCCUGUGCUGUGCUCUGUACAGUAAUAACGCAGUACUGACUGUUAUCUAUUCAAAAGAUACCUUCUAAAGACAUUCACAUCACAUCCUUUUCCAUGGUAGAUUGUGUCUACACACAAACCUCAGUACUGGUGCGUGGAAAGCUUUUGGUUUGGCUCAAACAUGUCAUGUUGUACUGAUUCUGCUAGAAACCACAACCAAUAAACCCUGGUGACUUGCUGUAAAUGUCUGUGUGUGUGUUGCUGUUUUUAUUCUGCAUCUGAUUUGUAGAUGAUAGUUGAUAGUGGGCAGC